AUGCUGGUCAUUGGUGUGGGGUCAGCGUUCACGCAGCAGAUGUUGUCACCGGAAUUAAGUAUCGACCGUUCCUUGUUAUUGUACAUCCGUUUAACUCUCUCUCUCUCUCUUCCCCCCCAACCGUCUUUUUUGUCCUUCCGUCUUCCUUCACUUUGUCUUUUUCGUUCUCUCUUUUACCAUCUUUUUUUUUCUCCUAUAUCCUCAUCUCUCCUUCGUCCAAGCUCUCAUUUCUACCCUCAGUUUUCCCUCUCUCUCUCUCUCUCUCUCUCUCUCUCUCUCUCUAUCUCACGCUCUUUCUUUCCUUCAUCUCCCUUCCCCUGUUCCUCCCAACUCACACCCACUGCGCAUGUGCAUUCCCCUAACACAGCAGAUAAUUCUCGCAGCUGUAGUCCCGAAGGCCCAUUUUUUUCCACAUCACCUCUUUCCUUCGCUGCACACUCUUCCUUAUCUCCGGUUUCUCUUUUUUUUUCUUUCUUUUUGGAUGGAGUUGGGGGGGGCGGAUGUGAUGCUUUUUAUACUCUCUUCACUCUAAUUGUAUUGUCCUUCUUCCUCAAACGUCUCUCUGUAUCUCUCUCUCCCUCUCUCUCUCAGCCGACGACUCAGCGUAGUCGUCCGGUUGAGCGCGCAUCACGACCAGGCAUCCCACGUGGCGAUGCUGCGCAACGCGCAUUUGUCUGCGUACUGCACUCGGCUGUUCUUCACUUGCGCGUGAACGGUCGAGCGCGAACUACGACCUGUGAUCCCCGCGGGCGGGCAGACCGCAAGUCACGAAUUCGAUCAGACCGAGUGAACUCGGGUACUCGCUUCGACGCACACGGGCGGAAACGCGGAGUCGUCUGCUGGACCACAUUUUCACGAAGUUGGACAAAUGUAUCUAUCUACCCAUCAAUCUAUUUCGGUGUAUUCCUAUCUAUCUAUCUAUCUAUCUAUCUCGGUGUAUUCCUAUCUAUUUAUCUAUCUAUCUAUCUAUCUCAGACUAUUCAUAUCUAUCUAUCUAGCUACCUCAGACUAUUCAUAUCUAUCUAUCUAUCUAUCUAUCUAUCUAUCUAUCUAUCUAUCUAUCUAUCUAUCUAUCUCAGGCUAUUAAUAUCUAUCUAUCUAUCUAUCUAUCUAUCUAUCUAUCUAUCUAAUCCUUUUCCUAUCUACGUUUUUCAAAGUUAUCUAACUCAGUAUGCUCCUAUCUAUCUAUCUAUCUAUCUAUCUAUCUAUCUAUCUAUCUAUUUAGAUAAAUAG